CCCCCUCCCGAGAACUCCCACUGAGCCGGCAGCCCAUCCAACAUCUCUGCUUAUAAAUAUACAUAAAACAUCCACUCCCCUGCAUCAGCCACUUUCCACUCCAUUCCUUUUCCAAGUAGAUUCUUUAAUUUCCUGCACAAAACUUCUUAAACAAAUCUCCAAUAUUUUCAGAGUUGCAUGGCAGCUGGUUUGUUGGCUCAUGAGGUAGCUGACCUCUGUUUAGGAAAGCCACCCCUGAAAUCUCUUUCCAUUUCGGCCACUGUUGCUGAUGCUUUGACUGCUCUCAAGGCAUCCGAUGAGAACUGGAUCAGUGUAUGGAGCUGCGACCACCACUCCAACAAGAACAGCUUCAAUGUGAAUGAGGACUGUGUCUGCAUUGGAAAAAUUUGCAUGGUUGAUAUCAUUUGUUAUCUUUGUGAAGAAGAGAACCUUUGUUGCCCUUCUUUGGCUCUGCAGUCUCCUGUUUCUGCAUUGCUGUCAAAGGUUCCUGGCUUGGUGAGGCACGUGGAACCCUCUUCAAGCAUAGUCGAAGCUAUUGAUCUGAUCCUUCAAGGGGCUCAGAAUCUCGUUGUCCCUAUAAAGAGCAGAAUUACUGGAAGCUCAAGAAGGAAAUUACUCCAAAAAUCAACCUCAGUCACUCCCACGAUACACAAUGGCCGUGAAUUUUGUUGGUUAACACAAGAGGAUGUGAUCAGAUUCCUUCUCAACUCCAUUGGCCUUUUCUCGCCAAUUGCUGCACUUUCAAUUGAAAGACUUGGGAUUAUUAGCUCCGAAUUUGUGGCCGUAACGUACCACUCGCGGGCCUCAUCAGCGAUUGGAGCAAUUGCACAAGCCCUCAGCGAUCAAACAUCAGUGGCUGUUGUUGAUGAUGACGGCAUUUUGAUAGGAGAGAUUUCUCCCUUCACCCUUGCUUGCUGCGACGAGUCCGUGGCAGCUGCAAUCACAACCCUCUCCGCAAGUGAUCUGAUGGCCUAUAUAGAUUGCGGAGGUCCACCUGAGGACAUUGUGAGGCUUGUGAUUGCAAGGUUGAAGGAGAGAGAUCUCCAGGGAAUGUUAGAUGAGUUCAUGAUCGAUUCGUCUAACAUUUCCUCUAACUCCUCAUCUUCAUCUGAUGAGGAGUUCUCAUCCUCAACCACGACGUUGUCACGGCUGGGGAGGCUUAAUAGGUCUAGUAGUUACUCAGCUAGGAUGAUGAGAAGGGCCGAGGCAAUAGUUUGCCAUCCAGGAAGCUCUUUGGUGGCUGUGAUGAUUCAGGCACUUGCGCAUCGCGUAAAUUUCGUUUGGGUGAUUGAAGAGGAUGGCAGUGUGGUUGGAAUCGUCACAUUUUCAGACAUUUUGGGGGUUUUCCGCGAACAUCUAGAUUCCAUGGUUUAAGGGAUUUGAUCUCUCAUCAGUAGAAGUUAAUAAUGGGGUGUUGUAAAAUAGAAAAAAGGGGAACAUGUGAAUAUGUCGAGCGAGCCUGGGCCCCAGUUUUUGUUUUCUGUCGUAGCAUGUGACAUUGAACAUUUGCUGACUGAGAAUCCGGCUGUACGUUUUGUAUGCUUUGACUUUUAUGAAUUUCUUCAUGUAUGAACAAAUCUAUUACGAGUACUCUUCUCUUCAUUGACCCCUACUUACAUGGCAAAGCCAAAGAUUUA